AUGGGCCAGUUGGCCCGGCGGAGCCAGCAGACCGUGCAGCGGUGUGGAACCGGCAUUUGUAUGGAGGCGGCCCGGACCGAGGCCGGACAGACCCCAUACCGGCCGCUCCAGGCGUACAUGGAUGAAACCAGUGUCCAGAAGCAUGUGCAGGCGUGGCAGCAAGUGUUGGGCUUCAUUGCACGCACACAGGCCACCCAGGCCGGACAGGGCAUGCCGGAGUGGUGUGGUCCGCUGCCCGUGUAUGGGAUGACCGCGCGGCAGCAGCGGAAGUGGCAGAUGUUGUGGCAGCUUGCCAUGCCCACCAUGGCGAGGCCCCAACAGGCGCCCCAUCGAGCCCGGGCUCGGGCGGUCCAUAUGUUCCCCGGGGCCGGUCGGAUCCUAGAGCAGGGUGGGAACCCCGGCAGUUAUCGGGCCACAGAGGGGCGUGGGGUGAGCCCCGGAGAUCAGCCCACAGCCGGGCAUGGGGUGAGCCCCGAGCAUGUGGAAGAAGCAGAGGAGACUGGCAAUGCAGGCAGCACCGAGCCGGCAUGGAUGAUGAGCCCAAUGGAGCGUGCCUGCUUGGAGUUUUGCAUUGAGCUGCUCAACCAGCGCCACCGUGCCCAUGAAUAUGAAAGCCCCCUUUUACCCCCCAUUUUAUCGCGGAUGAUCAAGCUUGCGCGGUUCAUGGUGGUGCAGAAGGCACUGUGGUUGGAUCCCCAUGUGGGGGACAUUAUUCAGAUGUGGCAGGCACAGGCUAGCACGGCGAAUGGCACAGUGAAUGGCAUGGUGAAUGGCACUCCGAAUGGCACUCCGAAUGGCACUCCAAAUGGCACACCGGCUAGCCCAAUAGCAUGGCCGUUGGCCAGUGCAGAUGCCCAACUGGCCGAUAUCGAUGAGGGCUGUGAUAGUGCCAGUCCCACACGCUCCACCCCCACCACGGUGCACGAUCGCCCGUCAUUUCAUGACCAUGUGCAGCAGAUGGUCAGCCGCUUCAUGAUCCGUGGCACCCAUGGGCCCAUGCAGACAUUGCUCGACUGGCGCACAUAUGGGUUGAAGAUCCAUUACAAUAGCACGGCGCCGGGCCAUGUGGCGUGGAUGGGAGCCGAUGAGCUGUUGUACAAGGAUCUGCAUUUCACGAUGGGUGAAUUCCGUGGGUUCAUCCACAGGCUGGUUGGGGCCACACGGGAGCUGCUGUGUGAACUAUUAUGUAUUGCCGAUGGUUCCAGCAGCGCCCACACCCCAAGCACCAUGCCGCUGCCCGCCAUCCCGUGGCAGGGCUUGUAUGAUGAUCCCACCCAGGGGCACCCGGGCUGGAACUUUUGCAUGAUCGCCGGACCCGGUGGCCCGUGGAUGGCCGGUGGUGGAUGA